AUGGCGUUCCGACCUGAGGAUUAUGAUCAUCUCGACCUGCCCGACCCGAAUUUCCUCGCCAAGGAACUCGACCCAUCGCUACAGAUCGCUUCGCUAGCCGACGUCCGUCAAGAUGCUCAGGCCAGAUCGAAAGACAUCUUUGCCAGCUACCAAACCCUGCACGACAUUCUUGAUCGUCAUGAAAAAACGAUCCAGAAGCGAUGGACCAAGAAGACGAGACAGCAGAGGCAAAAGAUCCUUGCAUCAGCAAAGAGCCUGCGAGAAUGCUACAUGUGGCCGCAUAUCAGUCAGAAUGACCUCCUCAAGCCGAAGACUCUUCUGCUCCUACUGAACGCCAGAGGGCGCCAUUUGCCGCCCACUUUUGCUGGCGCCGACAAGGCGGCCAUGCAAUUGGGCUUGGUGACCAAGAAGCUACGUCAAGUGUUUCUAUGUGGAUACAUGAUGGUGCUGCAUGGCGUUCAAAGCCCCCGGGAGUAUGGCGAGCUCUUUUCGUGGGAGGAGCAUCCGGAUGCGUUCCAAUGGACGUUAAAUCGGAAGCAGUCCGUCCCUGGCGAGGCCACCACCUUUCCAAUUCGCCCCGAGCCAGAUUUGACGACAGAAAGGGGGUCUAAUGGCAUCGAUUCCUUGGCUAUGAUGGCGGCAGAGGCGCCAUACCGUCUACCUGCGAAGCUAGAUUUCAGCCGAAUCGAGAGAGUCCUUGGUGCCCGGGCAUCCGCGGCCGAAGAUCAUGUAUGGGCGCUACGAGAAGAUCCAGCGUACUUUGCCGAACAGCUUAUUGAGGUCAGAGAACACCGGCCAGAGCUGUUGAAGGACACCAGUGGCCACGAACACCCGGUCAUGAAGACGACACAACAAGAUACCCUAUGGGCUCGUGUCUGCCGUACUGUUUCUCUCGAAGCUCAUCUUCACCUUGAGAGCUACACCGAGCUGUAUCAGCAGGCUCAAACCCUUCGCACACUGCAGACCAAGCAUGCGGCGGCAAUCUCUCCCACCGGAGAUCUGCCUGAUGAACUCAUGGAUUGUCUGUUCAGGUUCCGACGUUACCUCAAUCAGGCAGCCAAACAUACUGUAGAACGGCUUCGGCAUAAUUUUGCCGCCUCACCUCCGUGGCGCCAAAAUUUUGUGCGACAGCCCCCGGCGGACUCGACCACCAUCACCAUUCGAGGGUUAGACGCGAAAACGAGCGACAUUGAACAACAAGUUCUCUGGUUUCUCUCGACGGUAUGGGAGGACAGCAGCAAUCUAUUGGUCGCUCGCCUUCCGCUGAUAGUCGACCAGCUUGGAUGGCUUCUCGAAACCGAGACGCGCGCGAAGGAGCUUUUGUCCGCGCGCAUCGCCGGCAUUGUGGGUGACCUGGCCAUCAUAACCCAUUGUAUUGCACAGCUCGAAUUGUAUACGCCAUGGGCGAGGGGUUUCGAGUUGGCUCAUGUCGAACGACAGGGGGGUAUCGAAGCCGAGUUCGCCCAGCGUACCGUGAAACGGGGCAUGAUUGUGGACGCUCUCCGAGGCGAGAAUCUCACCCAGGUAGCCCGGCUCGGCAACCCAUCUGACAUGAGAUUCGCCUACCCAUUCGAGAAGUGGAGGACUCGACAGAAUGUAGAGAUUCUGCCGCGAGCUGAGCGGAACCUCGAUGAGUACUGGGCCGCCAUCGAUCGCAUUUUGUACUCGAAUUGUGGGAAUCUGGAAGGUACGGCCAUUCGGCGCGUCCUCACUCGGCCGCGAGCUAUGCAACGCACGCCGGACUUCGCACCACCUCUCGCGACUGACAAGCCGAGCAGGGAACCAGUCUUAGAUCCAGGCGUGGCUGGUCUAUACAGGCCCCUCUCCACGAUCUACAUCGCCGAGCCGGCAGGAGCUGCCAGCAGCUCUCCGCUCGCCCCAACUCCCAAAAUGAAGGAAAAGACAAGGGAUACAACAUCGUCUGCGGCCGCGCCCCCAGAGCCAAUCGCCGCUGACGCAACCCCUCAGACUGAACCACCUUCUAUCCCCGUGGACGCCCGCUCGCUCAGGGUAUUCCGGGCCCUCUUCUUCAACCCGGCGGUGACAUCAUCACCUGGUGAAAUCUCGUGGACAGAUUUCCUUCGCGCCACGAUCUCCACGGGCUUGUUCACUGCCGAGAAGCUGUACGGGUCUGUGUGGCAGUUCCAGAAACGGGAGGGCGACCAGAGCCGCAUUCAGUUCCACGAGCCGCACCUGCGAGCUAAGAUACCGUUCACGACAGCGCGGAGACAUGGAAGGAGACUGAACCGGGCGUUUGGAUGGGUCGGGGAUACGUUUUUGCUCAAAUUGAAAUAG